UUUACCAUAAAAGUUUUGUGCUUAGAGUUAGUGCAGUUCGUAAACACAAAGACGAUUCUUACAUUAAAUUUUAUGUAAAAAUAGCAUUUUGUGGACUAAAACAGUGCUAAAGGCCAUCACAUAAGCUCAUGUAAGAUGGACCCGGGACCACAGCUAUGUCGUUUAUGUCUGAUUCCGGUUGACCCAGAUACAGUUGUUAUUCUCAAUCAGGCUGUAGAUUUGAUUGAUUCAAUCCUUCAGUUAACCACCGUCGAUGUGAUAGUAGACUCUUUGCGUCGCGUAUUCAUGUGCGACCAGUGUCAAAAUACGCUAGACGUUUGCAUACAAUUCCGAAUGAUGUGCCUACAAAAUGAUGCAUCGUUCCGUAAAAUGUGCGCUAAACAAGCGCUAUCGUUGGACGAUAUGAGAAAUGAGUGUGACAGUUGGACAGCUGCAUUUGUUCCUUGUAAGGUUGAAGAAGCGUCACAACAUAAUGACAUCCUUGACAAAAUGGAACCAGAAAUCAGCCUGGAAGAUAAUGGUUCCCAAGAUGGUGAUGAUCAACACUCGUUAUUCGACGAUAUGGAGGUUGAGAAGCAGAGCGAAAUGUGUAUAACAGAAACAAUACCCGAGAACGACGACCAACAAUUACCGGCUAAAAAACCCAAAGUCAAAAAAGUUCGUAAGAAACGUGAUCAUCAAGAUCAAGAGACUGGCAAUAAAUCAUCAUCGAAAGACCGAAAAAGAAGGAAGACGGCCAUCAAGGUCAAAAAGCCUUAUAAACCGCCGGCCAAUCGUCGUUAUGUGAAAGUCCAAUGCCAAAUCUGUGGAGGGUUCUACAACCGUGAACAUCUAGCCCAACAUCAAACAAUUCACAGCGAUGAUCGACCCAUGUUCGCCUGCGACCUCUGUCCAAAAAAAUAUCCAUACAAGAAAAAUUUGAAAGAGCACGUGAAAAUAGUCCACGAGAACACAGCAGACUAUACUUGCACCGAAUGUGGAAAGACCUUCAACCGAAGGGGACCGCUGCAAAGUCAUUACAUCGCUAUUCACACAGAUUUGAAAAAAUAUGAGUGUAAAGUUUGCGGCGAAAAAUUUGCCCGGUCCGGUACCCGUAAUUAUCAUUUUAAAAUGCAUCACACAAAUUUGAGGCCGUACUCGUGUCAAUACUGCCAGAUGACUUUCAAACGAUGUAAUGAUCUAACGCUUCAUCAUCGGACGCACACCGGAGAGAAACCAUACAAGUGUGAUCUGUGCGACAAGAGGUUUGCCAAAAGCUACAACGUUGUGAUCCACAAAAAAUCCCACAGAAAUGCUGAACUGCGACGGGCUGCUCAAAUUAAGGCGGACAAUUCAGAACAAAGUUUGAAUGUUGAUGAAACGGGUGUUUUGGAAUGAGUUCUCUCAUAUAUAGGAUGAAUGAAUACAAACUAUUUUGCAGGUGCAAUUA